AUGGAUAUGCUCAAAGAUUUUCAAAAUCGACAGAAAAGUUGCCUCGAAGAGAACUGUAAAAGAGAAGAACAAAAAUUGGCUGAGCGCACUUCAAUAAGAAAAGCAGUCAUUGAGAAAAAGAUGGAAGAGGAGAAGGCAUCUUUGGAGACUGAGCGUCAGAAAACGCUAAAAGCAAUAGAGGAGAAGCAUCGUAUUGAAAAAGCAGCAUUUUUUGAUGAUGAACAAAAGGCGCUGAAUGAACACACUCAGCAGAUGUCUUCAUCUGCUUCUCAGUUUAGUUCACAAGACACCUUGUGCUCAAUUUCAUCAAAUCUUCAUUCUCUAGCCACAAAUUCUUAG